CAUCAACCAAUGCAGCAGAGUCUGGCUCCUCGCACGAGUCUAGAGAAGGCCCCGGACGAAUACUCGACGAACUCUGGAGCAAAGGCAAAGAGACACACAGACAACAAAAGCCAAAAGAUCCACAUCUUGGUGAUUAAUUGCGUCCGUCCCGAGUAGAUCCAAUCUCGGUGGGACGUCUCCUAACCAUAUACUUACAUAUAUACAUAUCCAAGCAUUAUCGCUACACAGUGUGAGAAAUCCAAUAUAUCUCGGACGCAUUCGACUCAUCCACGCCUAGGAUAGGAUAUCACACCAAUAUCACACUAUCCUGCACAACACCAUAUCACGAAGGACCACAAUGGCGCUCCCGCCCCUUCUCGUCGGCCAAGUCUGCGCAAUAACCGGGGGAUUGACGGGGAUCGGACGAGCCAUGGCCAUCCUGUUCCUGUCCCACGGCGCCAAAGUCGCCAUCAACUACCUGCCGUCGCACAACAAAGACGAAGAGGAUCUCCUGACGUCGCUGCGCACCGAGGCAUUUGACGCCAUCAAAUCGCGCUCCCCCCAACAAUUAUCUUCCUCGUCGACAGCGGCGGCAGCGGCCGUGCACGACCUCCAAGAUGUGCCCCUGCUGACGGUGCCGGGCGACAUCUCGCUGCCGGAGACGGGGCCGGAGCUGGUGGCGCAGACGGUGGCGCGGUUCGGGCGGCUCGACACGUUCGUCUCCAACGCGGGCAUCUGCCAGUUCGAGGAGUUCCUCGAGAUCGCCCCGGCGAGCUACCGGCGGCACGUCGACACGAACCUGUCGGGCGCCUUCUACGCCGUGCAGGCCGCGGCGCGGCAGAUGGCGCGCCAGGAGGAGCCGCGGCGGGGCGGGAGCAUCGUCGGCGUCUCGUCCAUCUCGGCCCUCGUCGGCGGCGCCCAGCAGUGCCACUACACGCCCACCAAGGCCGGCGUCCUCAGCCUCAUGCAGUCCGCCGCCGCCGCGCUGGGCAAGUACGGCAUCCGCUGCAACGCCCUGCUCCCCGGCACGAUCCGCACCCAGCUCAACGACGACGACCUCCGGGACGGCAGCGACAAGAAGGCCUACAUGGAGGGCCGCAUCCCCCUCGGCCGCCUGGGCCAGCCCGACGAUCUGGCCGGGCCCGCCCUCUUCCUCGCCCAGCCCGAGUUGAGCGGCUAUGUCACUGGCGCGGCCAUCUUGGUGGAUGGAGGGGCGUUUGUGAAUUUUCAGUGAAGGUGGUGGCGGGACAUCAUGAAUUGAUAUAUGGGUGUUGUUUAUGUGUGGACGCACAUGUACGCAUUUCUUACAGAGGGUGAAAAAUAGGGGCUCAGGGUGACUUUAUGAAACGGGUAAAUUGAUACCGUAUGCUUUGACUGCC